AUGGAGAUGAUGAGCUCUUCUUCUACUACACAAGUGGUAUCAUUCAGAGAGAUGUAUGAACCAUUCCAACAGUUAUCUGGUUGGGAAAAUGCUUUCAGCAAUAUCACUAGUAAUCAGAACAACAAUCAGAGCUCUUCCACAAUUCUUGAGGUGGAUGCUAGAGCUGAAGCAGAUGAUAACAAUAAGGCAAAUUAUACUACAAACUCUGUUGAAGCAGAACCUUCUAGUAACAAUGAUCAAGACGAAGACCAGAUCAAUGAUAAGAUGAAACGGCGUCUGGCUCAGAACCGAGAGGCUGCUCGCAAAAGUCGUUUGAGAAAGAAGGCUCAUGUCCAGCAGUUAGAAGAAAGCCGGUUAAAGUUAUCUCAGCUCGAGCAAGAACUUGUAAGAGCUAGGCAACAGGGAUUAUGCGUACGCAAUUCAUCAGAUACUAGCUAUCUAGGACCAGCUGGGACUGUGAACACAGGGAUUGCUGCGUUUGAGAUGGAACACACACACUGGCUAGAGGAGCAAAACAAGAGAGUUAGUGAGAUUCGAACAGCGCUCCAAGCUCAUGUAAGCGACAUUGAGCUCAAAAUGCUGGUGGACAUUUGCUUGAGCCACUACGCGAAUCUCUUCCGCAUGAAAGCUGAUGCUGCAAAGGCUGAUGUGUUCUUUUUGAUAUCCGGAAUGUGGCGAACUUCAACUGAACGCUUCUUCCAGUGGAUUGGCGGUUUCCGCCCAUCCGAGCUGUUAAAUGUUGUGAUGCCAUACAUUGAGCCUUUAACUGAUCAGCAAAACUUGGAGGUGAGAAACCUCCAACAGUCGUCUCAGCAAGCAGAGGAGGCUCUUUCUCAAGGCUUAGAUAAACUUCAGCAAAGUUUGGUGGAAAGCAUAUCAACUCAAAUCAAAGUUGUUGACUCCGUGAAUUUUGGAGCUCAAAUGGGAUCAGCCAUGGAGAAUCUUCAAGCAUUGGAGGGUUUUGCGAACCAGGCGGAUCAUCUGAGGCAGCAGAGUCUGCAGCAAAUGAGCAAGAUCUUGACGACAAGACAGUCUGCUCGAGGCUUGCUCGCUUUAGGAGAGUAUUUCCACAGGCUUCGUGCUCUUAGUUCUCUAUGGGCAGCUCGUCCAAGAGAACAUACUUAA